GUGCACAACAAACACCUCACUCCCGUGAGCCGAUUAAAAAUUGCUGAUUUGGCAAUCUUGUGUAAGAUUAGAAGAAAGACGAUUGGAUAUAUUUAAAAGAUGGCCGCUGACAGUGGAGACAUGCCAUUGGAUGUUGACACCCUCCGCCAAAUGUUUGGCUUUGAGGCACCCCCAAGGGAAAAGAAAGCUCCCGUCCUGGAGUUGACUGUUGAGGGGAUAGUGAAGAAACUAAAGGAGUUCAUGGCAUCAAAAAAUAAGAGGAGAGUGGUGGUGAUGACUGGAGCAGGGAUAUCCACUGCUGCUGGUAUUCCAGACUUCCGAAGCCCUGGCACUGGUCUCUAUGACAACCUACAGAAGUACGACCUCCCCAGCCCCCAGGCCGUCUUUGAGAUUAAAUAUUUCGAACACAAUCCUCAACCAUUUUAUGAUCUGGCCAAGGAGCUCUAUCCUGCAAAGUUUAAGCCCACCCUCUCCCACUAUUUCAUCCGUCUCCUUGAAGAGGAAGGAUUGCUACUCAGAUCCUUCACUCAGAACAUAGACACUCUAGAGCGCAGGGCUGGCAUAGCAGACGAUAGGAUAGUGGAAGCCCACGGAGCCUUCAACACGGCUCACUGCAUCACCUGUGGUACUAGCUAUCCCUCUGAGACCCUCAAAGACAAAGUGUUUGCUGGAGAGUUGCCACUGUGUGAGGAGAAGGGGUGUGCCUACGUCCCUCCAGAGGACAUGAGGCUGAAGGAACCAUACCGCGGCCUAGUCAAGCCCGACAUUGUGUUCUUUGGGGAGGGACUGCCUGACAGAUUCGCAAAAUAUGUCAUGGAGGACCUGGACAAGUGUGAGCUGCUCAUCAUAAUGGGCACCUCUCUCAAAGUACAGCCAUUUGCAGGUCUUAUAGGAAGAGUGCCGGAUGACUGCCCCCGUCUGCUCAUCAACCUGGAGAAAGUUGGAGAGAUGGACCCUAUAAUGAGCAUGCUCAUGGGUAUUAGCGGGGGACUGGACUUUGAUGAACAGACUGCCUAUAGAGACGUCUUCCUUGAGGACACCUGUGAUAAUGGUUGUAGGAUAAUCGCACAACAGUUAGGCCUUGAGGAGCGCCUCUUGCGGAUGUUUGAAGAAGAGCACAAGCGAUUGGACAGUGAGAUAUCGGCCAUGAUGGCCACCCUCUCUGUGGAGGAUAGCAAGACAGUCCAAGCAACAACACCUGAAGCAAUAGUGCCCAUGAUUAAUGAGCCUGUACUAAAUAUUGCCGAGUCAGUAGGGAGUUCAGAAGAACCAAUGCUGGUGCAAGAGCUUGGAUUAGCGACAGCUGUGACAGGUGCAGUAGUGGAGAAGCCAGCCAGUGAAAGCCUAGAAGACUGAUAGGGAAGAUUUUGUCAAUUCUGAAACUUUUGUUUUUUAACCUUUGGGGGUGUGUGUGUGUGUGCAAUUUUAUAUAAAUUUUGUUCUGUGAUUAUUAUUUAUUACUUAUUAGUUUUAAUGGAAACACGAUCUUUACCUGAAUGGAAUUUCUAAAGACGAUC